GUGCCGCCGGGCAUGUUGGAUGCGGUGGCGGUGGCGGGAGGUGUGGCGGGGGGUGCUACCUGGUGCAGUGGUGAUGCCGUAUUGUAGGGAGGAAGGGUAGGGAGGAAGGGGUGACAUGCGAAGGAAGGCGGCACACGGGGGAAGGCAGGAAGGGGAUGGGGUGAGGGCUAGGUACCGGUGUAGCGCAGCGAAAGUUUAAAGGGACUAUUACUCCUUUUGAUGCUCGGUGCAAGGAGCAUGGGCCUCAUCGGGGUUUUGCUGUUAAUAAAGGGCGACUGGUAAAGAUGAAAUGCAAUGCGUGCUCGCCGUGCUGAUGGGCUUUAGGAAUGCAGCGACGGUGCCGUUCCGGCCGGAUGGUUGUUGGACAGCGGUUCGGUAAUGACAGCCGAAACGUCUUCGUCUUCCUCAUUCUGUAAGAUACACAUACAUCGCUUGUAGUCACCAGCAACUAUAGUAGUCUUCUUAACUGGUGUACCUGUCAUAGAUACCUUCACUGCGGAAUCGUCACCGCCUGCGCUUUUCCCUGUUUGAAACAUGGCUCAGAAUCUGCUGCACCUCGCUCGUCGGGCGGGAAGGACUGGGCUGCUGCUUUCCGGGGUCUCCGCAGCUGCUGUGUAUCUUGGACUUGCAGAGCAGCGACCUGUACAAACGCGCAUUAGCCUUCCCGGCUUUACGCCAUUUGCCUUGGCUGACGCAAGAUCGGAAGAGAAGCAGUCGGUUGGUCGGCAAGCUCCGAGGUCCGACAGCGGCCCUAUACUGAUCUCGCUCACCGGCUUUGAGGACGUCAAGGAUGUGGACGGCUUCGUGUCGUCGGCUUUGGAUAAGACUCUUAAGAGCCAGAAGAACUCGCCGCUUCACUCCAUUGUCUCCAGCAGGACAGGUCCCUCCCCGCCGCAGGCCUACGGCGAGCAAGUGCCACCCUCUCCUAUGGAGCCAGCCGCUUUCUAUGCCGCAUUGGAGAAGCAGCCGCUGGCAGAGAAGAUCAUGGUCCUGGACGAUAUCGUGGAUUCGGUGAUUCGGGAGGCGGAGCGCUCGGCCGAGGUGUCAGCGCUGACGGUUGGCAUGGUGGGCGGCGGGGUGGCCUGCUACGCGCUGCUGGGCUGGUGGAGCGACAUGGCACUGCCGGGUGUGGGUACGGUGGCCUGCAGUGCGGUGGCGGGGGCGGCGGGGCACCAGCGGGCCAAGGUGGCAGCCAAGCGCACCCGCACGCGCUUCCUCAACGCCAUCCUCACCUCCCAGCCGCCCGAGUCCCGCAACGCCUUCAUCGACUACCUCUCCGCGCCCUCCCUGGACGCAAAACAACACAUCGCCUCCGAAACCAAACCCGCCGCCUUCUUCCGAGACUUUUACGUCGCCGUACAGCCGCUCCUGAAGCAGAGCAAGGAUGCCGCGGACGCUGCCGGGCGAGCAGUCCUGGUGGCCCUAGACUAAGAGAAGAUUAGAAGACCAAAAGAGCGCCCGGAAGAUCUAACGGCCCGUUCACGGCUAUGUAGGGUAGGGUCUGCGGGAUGGGCUGAUACCUCUUACGACCGCAGCUGCCGUGUGCCCGUGUGUUCUAGCAUGGCAGAUACAUGCUGCUGCAGGCGCAAUGCGCGCGCAAGGUAAAAAACAAGGAAAGGGGUGAGACCGUGCUGGUGUAUAUGUUGGGGGGUGGAUGAAUGCUGGACAGUCCGUCGAACCUCGUACUUUUCGUACGGGUAGAUUCAAAUAGCUGGUGGAGGUCUUGCGGGGAUGUAUUUAUCUGAGCAUAUGGGGGGUAUAUAUAUCUUCUCCUGACGAGAACUUGCCGCACGUUUGAGGCAAAGAACCAUGACAUGUAGUAGGGUGUAACUCGACUAAGGUAUGCGUUAUCUUCCAUGAGAUUCAUUCCGGGUUGCGAGUCAUUCAACAUGCGUUGGAGUUGGCCUGUUGCUGACGACCUCGGUGGCUUGUGAUGGGGGCUUCUUCGAUGGAGGUUAGAGGCGGAAGAUACAAAUAGGAGCAUAUGUGUUAGCUGGCAAGGUGGGAAAAGUGGUAUUUUCAUGCUCUCGUGUACGGUACCCUCAAAGUCUUUCUUUUGUAAUCGUGUAGUAACAUACUACCCAUACUACCAAGGAUUUUUCCGAUUGUCCCUUAUCUACCGUAUCUGGUUUGGAUCCGCCGUACAUUUGCCGAAGCCCUUGUUGCAAGCCCUUGUAAUGCCAACUCUUCCAGUGCAAGGAACUUUUGUUAGCGUUUCAGUUUCAUAGUUGCUGUGGACUGGACGUGGUGUGUCGCUGGGAACUGGCCCGAGAAACUUUACAAGGGUCCAAUCGUCAAGAAUGUUAGUUAGGGAGCGAUUACCGAACGUAUCAUUACAAUCUAGUUCUCGAAAACAGUUAUCGAUCUGCCGUGUAAGAGGAGCCGCCCAACGGCAUUUCGAGCGACUGGGAAUGCAUCGAGGCCAACUGGGCUGCCUUGCAUCCAUAAAGACGGACCAUAAUACGAAGGAUGACAUCUAUAACAGGAACAUGCAGCGCCAGAUGGGCUGGGCGCACCUCAAUCCCUACGAGUACCACUUUGACCGCGGCCUUUACUACCACGAAAUCAUUCCCAACCUCAUCUGCGGCUCGCAGCCUCGCAACGCAGCUGACGUGGCGCAGCUGGUGUCCGACGAGCGCGUGACGCACAUCCUGAACCUGCAGCAGGACAAGGACCUGCACUACUGGGGCGUGUCGCUGGAGGAGAUUCGACGGGCGUGUGCGACCCACUCUGUGACCCACAUGAGGCGGCCGGCCCGGGACUUUGACCCGCACAGCCUGCGCCGUACCAUCCCUGGAGCCGUACACAUGCUAGCAGAGGCGCUGAACAAUGGGGGGAGGGUGUACGUACAUUGUACGGCAGGGCUGGGUCGGGCUCCGGCGGUGUGCAUCGCCUACCUCUACUGGUUCACGGAGAUGCAGCUCGACGAGGCGUACUCCUUCCUCACCUCCAUAAGACCCUGCGGACCCAAGCGCGAUGCCGUACGGGGCGCAACCUACGACAUCCUUACCUCGGUCGGCAACUGCAGCAUCAGCAUUCCGGCGGCCAACGGUAACGGAACCAACGGUAACAACGGCAACGGAACAAGCCACGACCCGCAUCACACGCAUCACCACCACCACCAACACCACCACAGCCAUCAGCACCACCAGCAGCACCCGCAUGCGGAUUUCGAGUCGCUGCCGGGGGAAGCCUACGCUCGGUUGUCGGAGGGGGACCGGUUCGCUCUGCAAUACCGGGUGUUGCGGGGGGUGUGCUGACACGGCCCUUCUUGACACGCAUGGAGGAGGGGGGAAGAGACGAAGAGAGAAAAAGUAGGAGACAAAGUAGGACAAAGUGACAAAGUAGAGGAGGGGAUGGGAGGUGGGCUUUAAGGUGGGUUUGUGGGAGGGUGCGUGACUGGAGGGAUGAUGGAGGGGGCUGGCUGAGCGGAAGGUGACUGGCUGAGCGAACCUGGCAGUGUUUAUUCACGGGGAUGGUCCGUCCGGGGCCUGCAAGAGAGAGUGUAGCGGUGUGUGCUUGUUUGCAUGCAGGGUUUGUUGGAAGGCAAGGGUUUGCUUUUCUUCAUGUCUCGGGUGUCUUCUGGCAGUCCUCCUUGCUCACGUGUCACGACCUGUGUUUGUACGACCUGUGUUUGUACGACCUGUGUUUGCACGACCUGUGUUUGUACGGCGCACGCUGACGUAUUAGGGAGGACGCGGUGCGAUAAACCGCAGCUGUAUACUAGGAGGUUAAUUGCAGAACCGCAGAGAAGCAGGUGAGUAAUGGAAUAGCAGGUGUGCUGGUCGAACAUGGACGUACAUGGACGGAGUGCGUCCGGGGCUUCUAGGCGUCACGGCGUUCAAGGGUAUCGCAGCUCGGCUGAGGGCUGGGGAGCUGCUUCAAGCGACUGGCGGCUUUUGGUGCUGAACCACCUCCAUCCAGACCUUCCCUAAAUUUUCGUUACGGUAUGCAUGCGCAACUGCUUGCUUCCCCCAGCAGUAUUAAUACGGGGCUUUGGCUAGCGUUAUCUCGAAGGCAAAGACGGUGGAAGGCAGCGGUGGAAGGUAAUAGCGGACGAGGCCGAGAGAUACGAGACAUGCAUGCAGUACGAUUGCGGCUGUGGUAUGCUGUUAUCUUCUGUGCAGAUGUGCCGUAUGUGUCGUACGAUGUAGUACGGAAAGCUGGGUACGACGUGCAGAUGCAUGGGACACAUGUACGACGUAAAACCCAGGCUCAUACUUUAGCAAACACC